AUGGAUUCUGGCUGAGCUUCUUAAUCCUCAAGAUAGCCUAUGUUUAUGUAUUUCCUUGUGGUAGAGAUUUGGAGAAAAUGGAAGGACAGCCAGGGAGUCAAGCUCGAGAGCAUAAAAGCAAGUCCGGCAUCUCCUCCUUGGACAAGACUCGGGAGUUCUUUCAGGCUUGUGACCUUGAAGGCAAAGGAUAUGUGACGCGUACAGACAUGAGAAGGCUUCAUAAGGAGCUACCUCUAAGUGAAGAGGAACUAGAGAACGUCUUUGAUUCACUGGAUCUGGACAGGAAUGGGUACCUCACUCUUGGAGAAUUUUCCUCUGGUUUUAGCGAUUUCUUGCAUAGCCGGAAGAUCUUGAAGGCAGAGGAUCAAGCCACCAAUCCACUGAAGAGCUCAGAAGCUGUGUACCAGAACCAGUGGGAAGGUGCGAUGAUGAGGAGCAUGCAGGAGGAAGACAAACAGUUUGUCAUGCUGCUCGAGGGCCUUGGAGCUACCAAUGUUUUUGAAGAGCCAGGAGAGGUGCGGAGUCUUUGGACACAACUCCGAAAUGAUGAACCGCACCUCCUUUACAACUUUGAGGAAUUUUUGGCUCGGGUCACAUACCAGAUCAAGGAAGCACAACAAGAAAAGGAAGAGAUGGAGAAUGCCCUUCGGAGGAAUGCUGCUGUGCACGACAGUGAAAUCCGACGUUUGUAUGAAGAAAUGGAGCAGCAGAUUAAGAUUGAAAAAGAUGGAAUUAUCUUAAAGGACUCGGAGCGCCUUCUUUUGAAGAGCAAGGACCUACAAGAACAGCUAAGCAGCAAAGAGCAGGAGCUGGAUCAGCUUUUCCAGAAACAGAGAAGGUUGGAGCGCCAGUGUCAAGAGCUGUUCAGUGAGCGGCAGAUGAGCCGCGUGGAGAGUGUGAAACUCAAGAUUACAAAUGAGGAGCUUUUACGCGAGCUGAGUCACACGUCGCACGAGCUCACCAGGGCCCAGGAACAGUUGGCAAUCCUACAGGAGGAGGCCUCCAGACUACAGCAAGAGAGAGAGAUGGAGAUGUAUCGUGUCACGGAAGGACUGCAGAGAGAAAAGCAAAGUCUGAUGAAACAGCUAGAUCUUUUGAGAGAGAUGAAUAAACAUUUAAGAGAUGAGAGAGAUAUCACUUUCUUGAAACCAAAAUCAACUCCUCAGAGGUCAUCUAGAAGACCAACCAGAAUCCCUUCACUCAAGCGAAAAGACAGAAAUAAUUCUGUUAAGAGUGAGGGUGCGACAGACCAAGAGGCGGUACAGCACGUCCAUUCCCUGAGUUACACGGCCACCACGCGAGUUCUCAAAAUGGAUACAAGUGAAAAGGAGGCACAUAGUGGUGGGACGCCUUAUUCCGAAACGCAAUCAACUGUGCGCCCUGAUACCACAGCAGCAGAGAACCUGAACACUCCGCAGGCGGGAUGGCCUUUGCGCAGAGUGAUCUCCAUCGAGGAGGACCACCUUCCUCACCUGCUGCAGGGUGAGCCACCACCUCUGCUGCACCAGCUCAGCGAGGAAGAGGAGGAGGAUGAAGUGCAGCCGAUGAAGAGCAGCGAAGAGGAGGGAAACACGGUCUUUGAGUUGAGCAGCGUUGAUUCGACUCUCGCGGUCCAAGAGUCCCAGUCACAGCCUGUCGUGGCCAAUGUGUCACCACGGAAGGGCAGCAGGAAAGCAGCAAGAAGGCCAGGCACACCCUCAAGUCUCCGUGGCCAGCCAGUUGGGAAGGAGACACACCAACAGGUGGAGGGAACUGUAGUAGUCCCUGACCGUCUGUUUAAAGUCAUCCUGGUGGGUAAUUCUUGUGUUGGCAAGACUGCCUUACUUCGCCGCUUUUGUGAAGACCGUUUCCACCGGAACACCCCUGCCACUGUGGGGGUUGACUACAGUGUCCGGACUCUUAAUCUUGGAGACAUAAACGUGGCUUUACAGCUGUGGGAUUCAGCAGGACAAGAAAGAUACCGCAGCAUCACAAAGCAGUUUUUCCGAAGAGUUGAUGGCGUUGUAAUCAUUUACGACAUCACAGUGGAGGAGUCAUUCGAAGCCGUGGGGCCAUGGAUUGCCAAUAUACAUGAAGCAGUGGGAAACGAUAUCCCCAUAAUGGUCCUCGGGAACAAAAUGGACUUGGAGAAUGACAGAGCCGUUUCACUAAAGCAGGGCAAGAGAUUGGCACAGGAAGGCUGCAUGAUGUUUUAUGAAGUCAGUGCCUUUUCUGGAUAUAACAUCAUGAAUGCGCUGAUUCAUCUGGCCAGAGUGCUGAGAGAGACAGAGGACCGUGAGAAAGACAUGACCGUUCAGUUGACAGUCCAGCCAGUAAAGAAGAGAUCAUGCUGCAAGUAACUAC